AUGCUUAAUUUAUAUUUGCAAAUACCUGAUUCAAAUAUAGGCUAAUAUUCUAUUAGGUUUCCAUAAAGUAAGCAAAUUUCAGAUCUUAUUGAAUGGAUCUAUGAUAAUUUUAAUCAGUAUAUAUGAUAUAAGCUAAAUUAGAUUUUUUAAAUUGUAGAAUAAAAAUAAAAUCAAUAUAUACAAUAAUGGAAAUGGAUAAAAUUAUCGUUGUUCAAAUUAAUUGUUAAGUUCCUGUCUUAAAAAUAAUGAUAUUUUAAUAUUAGGUGAAAUUUAAUAAGAAAAAGAACUCCAUUUUUUUUUAGAAUAUCAAUCAUUAAUUACAGAAAUUAAAAUUGAAGAUGAUAUUACAAUUCAAGAAUUAAUGGAGUUUGCUUAUUGUACUUUCGAUAUUUCUAAUGAUAUUAAAUUAGAUUUUAUGUAUGAAAACAUUAACUUAUCAAAUUAAAAUAUCAAAAAGAAAUUAGCAGAAUUUAAUAUUUAAAAUAAUGGUAAGAUUUAAAUUGUACCCCAUAAAAUUAUUGACAAUAAUUUAAUAAAUAUUUAGAUAUUGUUCAGAGAUAUUGGCAGUAGUAUUAAAUAAUAAUUUUAAAAAUGUGAUAUUUUAGCUAAAAUUGUUCAAGCAGCAAUACAGUAUUUAUAAUUAGAUCAGUAAAUUAAAUAUAUUAUAAAGGAAUACGGCGGCAUUGAGUGUUAUUUAUAAAGGCCGUUAUUAUAAUGACUAUAAGAUUACUUUAUCGGAGAUGAAAUUAAUGGAAGAUGAUAUAAUUGAAAUUAAGAUCUCUUAUUGUGGAGGAUAAUCGUAUUGUUGA